UCUUUUCGGACGUAUUUAUUUUUAUUUAUUUUAUUUCACUAUCAAUCCUUCAUCAUCCUCCUUCCACUAGUCUACAUCUGUAUUCUUUAAUGGAUAUUCAACGUAGUUGCAGAUCUUAAUUAUCUUCACAUGGCGUUGAAUCGUGGACUUGUUCGAAUUUCUUCUCCUUUUCCCCAUGAUUAUCCUCUUCAGAACUAAACCCACCAUUGUUUCCUUUCAUGGAAUUGUUUCGACGCUCUGCAUUCCAUGCCCAUUUCUUUCACCUUCUUCUCUCUCUUCUCUUCUUCUCUCUCCAAGUCUUUGCUCAGUCAUAUACUCUUCCGUACACGUAUUUCGUCAACUGUGGAUCAGCAACCAACGCCGUCGAUGACGCCGGCCGGAUGUUCAUCGGCGACUUGAUUGCUACUGAUACUUUCAGGUUCACUUCACAGAAUUCCCGGGAACUCAGUCAUCUGAAUGACUCCGUUAGGGUUUUCAAUCAGCCGGCGUUUUACGAAUUUGACAUCGAACAAGAUGCUGUUCAUAUUGUACGACUUCAUUUCUCUCCUUCCAAUUUUCUCGCCGAUUUAUCUGCUGCUCUUUUCGAUGUUUCGGCUAGUGAAUUUUUCCUUCUCAAAAAUGUUAACGCCAUCAAUACAAUCGGUAAUGGUUCUGCUACAAUUAAGGAAUUCUUCGUGAGAUUAAGUACAGGAAAGUUUCGUAUUAUCUUUAUACCUAAAUCUUCGUCUAUUGCGUUUGUAAAUGCCAUUGAAGUUUUCCCCACUCCACCAAACUUCUUCGAGUCUGAAUCUCAGCAAAUUAUCUCUGAUGGAAGAAACGGAGGUGCACCUAAUGUAGUUUUACCUUUUUUGAUUUCGCAUACAAUUUACAGACUUAAUGUGGGAGGUGAUGUAAUCUCCAUUAAUGGGGAUAAACUAUGGAGGAAAUGGGAACAGGACGAUGCUUAUUUGUUGAAUCCGAGCUUUGCAAAGAACAGUAACCCUUAUCCAUCGACACCGGAUUACGAGAAUCCAACAGACGAUUAUUUUGCGCCGGAUUUGGUAUAUAGAACAGCCAAGGAAUUGAAUAUAAACUCCAGUUCCUCUCUCAAUUUCUUCAAUAUAACUUGGUCUUUUCCUUUGAGAAAGAAGACUCUCCAUCUUGUACGAGUUCAUUUCUAUGAUUUCAUUGCUAUAACAUCUGAUGGUUUUCUUGUCUUCAAUUUGUAUAUUGGGAAUAGCUUCAGUAAGGAGAUCGGAUCUCAUGUUUCAGAGAGAAAUGGAUUUCCUUAUCCAUUUCAUUAUGAUUUCCCUGUGGAUUCAGGUGAAAAUGGGUUAAUUAAUGUCAGUGUUGGUCCUUUGGGUCAUAAUGAAUCUGGACAACCCACUGCUUUUCUUAAUGGGGUUGAGAUUAUGGAAGUCAUGGAUGAAGGUAGCAAAGAUCCUGAUAUUAAUGAGUCUUUUGGAGAGAAAAACAAGAAGAAAAUUGUUGGUGUUUUGGUGGGAUUGUCUGUUGGGGGUUUAUGUUUGGUUUGCAUUUUAGGAUGUGGAAUUUGGUUUGGUUUGAAAUGCAGGAAAAAAAGAAGUGAUGAAGCUUCACAAACACAUACACACACACAAUGGACACCAUUGUCUAGGUUUGGAGGUGGGAGUACUCAGAGCAGGUUUACUGAGAGAACUACAAGCAGCUCCCCCAUCCCAGAUUUGAAUCUUGGGUUGAAAUUUUCACUUGCUGAAAUCAAAACCGCCACAAACCAUUUCAACAAGAAAUUCCUUGUUGGUGAGGGUGGUUUUGGGAAAGUUUACAGAGGAGUGAUGAGGAAUGGUACGAAAGUAGCUGUGAAGCGAAGCCAACCAGGAGCUGGACAAGGCAUUUCUGAAUUCGAGAGGGAAAUCACAAUCUUGUCAAGAAUUCGACAUCGUCACCUCGUUUCGUUCAUUGGGUAUUGUGAUGAGGGAUUGGAGAUGAUUUUGGUUUAUGAAUUUUUGGAGAAAGGAACUCUAAGAGAGCAUCUUUACAACUCGAACUUACCUCCUCUCCCUUGGAAGAAAAGACUUGAAAUUUGCAUUGGUGCAGCUAGAGGACUACAUUACUUGCACAAAGGCUCAGCUGGGGGAAUCAUUCACCGUGAUGUCAAAUCCACCAAUAUCUUGCUUGAUGAGAACCUUGUUGCAAAAGUCUCUGAUUUUGGACUUUCAAGAGCAGGCCCUCUUGAUGAAACGCAUGUCAGCACAGAUAUCAAAGGAACGUUUGGCUAUCUUGAUCCCGAGUAUUUCCGAACCCAACAACUGACAGAGAAAUCCGAUGUCUACUCAUUCGGUGUACUCCUUCUAGAGGUUCUAUGUGCAAGACCAGCUUUGAAUCCAACACUCCCAAGAGAACAAAUAAAUCUAGCAGAAUGGGGGUUGAGGUGCAAGAAAAUGGAGUUACUUGAAGAGAUAAUUGACCCCAAAUUGGAGGGUCAAAUUGAUCCAAACUCCUUGAGAAAGUACAGUGAUACAAUAGAGAAAUGCUUACAAGAUGACGCUGCUAAUAGGCCAACAAUGGCAGAUGUGUUGUGGGAUUUGGAAUAUGCAUUGCAACUUCAACAAAGUGCACAUCCUAGAAUGCCACAUGAAGAUAGUGAAACCAUUCCCAAUGAUGCUUCUUCCGCAGCCAUUCGUCGUUUUCCUUCUAUUGGUCCUUCGAUGCUAAGAGAUGAUCCAGAUAUGAGUCAAGAUCUAGACACUCAUUUAACUGCUACUGAAGUUUUCUCUCAAAUCAAGGCAGAUUAUGGCAGAUAGAUGGCAAUAGAGAUUAUGUAUUUAAAUUUAUCAUCUCACAUCAACGCUUACAGAUUAGUUGUAAUAUGUUUAAAUUAGUCUGUUAUAUAUGAAAGUUUUAUAGAUUCAACCUCUGAUUUCUAGAGAUGAAGGUCAUGUCAAAGUCCACUUUGACAAGUUGUAUAGAUUAUGUCAUGAUUAUUAAAUUAAUCUGUUAUCCA